AUGUCAUCCAGCGCCACGGCAUCGUCCAGCUCAUACUCAUCAGCCGGCCGGGGAAUUGAAGGUGGCUAUGAAGGUGACAGCUUGACCCUCAAGGUCCUAAUCGCAUUCUUCCUCGGCCUCGCAUUGUACAAUGUGGUCGAACUGCAAGUUCUCAUCUUCGGCACAUUCGCCAAGUUCAAGGGCUUGUAUUUCUGGAGCUUGGUCAUCUCCGGCUGGGGCAUUGUUCCCUACUCUGUCGGGUUUCUCUUCAAAUACUUCUCGAUCCUUACCGGCGGAGCACGAUGGUUCUCGGUCUUCCUGCUCUCCAUCGGAUGGUAUCCCAUGGUGACGGGCCAAGCAAUUGUGCUCUGGUCGCGCCUUCAUCUUAUUGUCACCGGCGAGAAAGGCGACAAGAUCCUCCGUUACACCAAAUGGAUGAUUAUCGUCAAUGCUAUUGUCCUCCACGUCCCGACGACUGUCCUCACCAUCGGCUCAAAUACCGACAGCCAUCCACAGGUCUAUGUCAGUGGAUACAACGUCAUGGAGAAAGUACAGAUGUGUGGUUUCUUCUUACAAGAGGUCAUUCUGUCGUCAAUCUAUAUCGCCGAGACCAUUCGCAUCCUCCGCACUUCAGUCCAGGAUAGCACAAAGAGACUGAUGUAUCAACUCAUGGCCAUCAACAUAUUGAUCAUUGUCAUGGACUUGGGUCUCCUGGGUCUGGAAUGUGCUUCUCUGUAUAUCCUUGAGACGAUCACCAAACCAACAUUCUACUCGAUCAAGCUCAAGUUGGACGACGAGAAGCGCAAAUCUUCCCCACUGAAUGGUGAAUCCGAUAUCGCCGACUUCGUUGACUUGACCAAAAUCAACACCGAUGUGACAAGGACUUCGCAACCGAAACGGUCAAGUACAAGCAGGGCUGGUGCUCCAGACCUCGACCUCGACCUGGAAAUCGCAAGACUCGAGCAUGUCGAAACGCUGCCGUCUCAGGUCGGGAUGCGAAAUGGCGAUAUUGCACCUUCGAGACAACGAAAGCCCGAGACUCUGGAGCACAAUUACAGGGACGAUUGA